AACACCUUGAAUACCAACAGAACUGAUGUCCAAUCCAGGCCAGCCCUAUACCCUGUCUAACCAGUCUUCCUCCUUCUCCCUUGUUAGGCAAAUGAAUUCGCUAAGCGGCAUCCGGGGCAUAUAAAUGUGCCAGAGAGCCCACGACAGGCUGUAAUGCUGCGCCGGGUGCGGCAGUCUCUCCGGCAGGUGCUGUUUCUGAUGGCCCGGAGACCAGAUCUACUCUGCGGGGCUAUCGUGCUCAGCGUCCUGCUCGUACUGGCGGUUAAAUUCACGUGCAGCCGUGCUAAAAAUGUGGUGGCAGCAGCUCGGCCUCCUGUGCGGUUCUUCUCUGCUGAUGCCCCAGUUGUGGACCUCUACUUGGGUCAGCUAGACCAGGUGGAGCGUCUCAGAAGUAUGGCUGAGGUGUCUCUAAUUUUCUUUUAUGCUCCGUGGUGUGCUCACUCAAUGGCUGCCCGACAGGAAGUGCAGCUGGUAGCCAAGAAGCUGGCUAAACAGGUGCAGUUUGUGGCUGUGAACUGCUGGUGGAGUCAGGGGAGAUGCAGGAAGCAAAACCGCCUUUAUCAGUACCCCAUCAUCCAUCUGUUUUAUAGAAGGUUCGGGCCAAUUGAAUACAAAGGUCCAUUUGUGGCUCCAUAUGUUGAAAGUUUUAUCCUCAGAGUCAUCACACCACUGACUUACCUCCCAUCAAGAGCACACCUGAAACAGUUCCUCUCCUGUCAUGAGCCUCGUGUAGUUGGUUUCUUCCAGUUUAACUCCUCUCCACAGCCACCAGGGUACAACACAUACCUCUCCUCUGCUUUGCAAGCCCUUAGAAGGGAUUUCCGCGGGGUUGUCCGUUUUGGAAUCGUGACUAACAAGCAUGUGGCAGAGGCUGUCUCGCUUAGUGAGGAUAAAACUGUUUACCUGCACAGAAGAUUUAACUCCUCUUUGAUUUUCCCUAGCAAAGAGCGUAACUUCACAUCAAAUGCCAUCUGUAGCUGGGUGUUUGAGCACCAUGAGACCGUCCUCCAGUGGCUGCAGCCCCCAGGAACAAAGUCCCAUCUGCUGGAACAGGAGCUGACUAAAGGCCCUGCAUUACUGCUGUUUCUACCACAUGAUCCACUGGGGUCUGAGCCCAGUCCCAUAUUACAGCAGGUUGCAGACAUUGCUCUGCGCUAUCAUUCCUGCACCCACUCCAGCUUGGACAGAAGGGUCAUGUCUGACUCAUUGUGCUGCCAGUCGGUUCUUCUUCCAGAGUCCAGCACAAGUGUGUGUGAAGUGUGCCUGAACUUGUCACGUCCCAGCCCCCCCACCUCUGGUUUUCGCUGCUCAUUUACCUCCAUGACACAUGGAGGAGACCCUUUUCAAACUUAUCUCAGAAACUGCUGCCUCCACCAAAUACCUUCUUCCCUGUCCAUAAGAACUGCAACUUCAGUGGGCUGUAACAAUUUUCUGAACACUUACAGUCCAUUCAGUCAGUUCAGUGCCUGCUGCAAAAAAGUAGAACCUCAACUUAAUGAAUCACAGACCAAAGAGGAGCCAGAUGUGCAAAGACUUCAGCUUACACCUCCUCCUUCCAUAACCCCUCCAUCCUCUGCCACUCAUCAGGGAGGUGAUGGCAUUACAGGGCUAAGGUGUCUGACCAACAGGACACUCAGGUUUUAUGUGCUGGAUGUUGCUCUUAACUGGCCUCUGGCGGUGAGGCUUGGAGCAUCAGGAAACAAAAGUGCUUCCCUGCACCAAGAGGCUUCUAAACAAGGUCAUGGGAGCGGUGACGGGUCUUUUGCAGCUAUUGUGAACCUUAAGGAUGAGGUUCAUUAUGUUCUUCGUCGCAGUCCAGCAGCCACGCUGACAGAGUCUCUGGAGGCCUUCAUCAGGAACUUCAGUGCUCCGUACAGCAUUUUGGAGAGACAUUUGGUUGGAGAAGAAGACGCGAAGGAAGGCAAAGAAGACACCAAGCAUCCAGAUGAGCACCAGCGUGCUCCUCAACGCCUCCUCAUCACAGAGUUGACCACUUCCUCCUUCCUGCCCUCUGUCAUGGACGUUCACAAGGAUGUGCUGCUGAUCUAUUACACUCAUUGGUGCGGAUUCUGCUCUGUUCUCAACCACAUCAUCAUCCAGCUUGCCAGAUUAUUACAGGGGAACGCCGCCAUAACUGUGGCCAGAGUCAAUGUUGCACGUAAUGACCUUCCCUGGGAGUUUAUGGUGGAUCAUGUUCCUUCAAUCCUUCUGUUUCCCAGAUACAGAAAACAUCUCAGUGUGAAGUAUCCUGAUGACCUUCCCAUCACAUUGCCCGGCCUCCUCCAGUUCAUCCUGCAGCACUCUGGCUCUGUACAUUAUGCAAAAAAACCAUCUGCUGCAGCACAGGGAGCAGUGCCUGGUGCCGUCCUCCACGCAGAAUUUCUUGCACUCCAGCUUGAAGUUCAGACACUUCACCAAGCUCGCGAACGUCUCUCCCAACAGCUGGCGCAGCUCUGGCGUGACAACCGACAGCUGAAAUUUGACAUUCAGAAAGUAGAAAAAAGUUUGGAGGAGCAGCUCCGGGAGAAAAGCCGUCAGCUGGAGGAGGCGGUGAGGCGGCUGCAGGAGCUGGCAGACACGUCCGAAACCCUGCUGAAUGAGAACACGCUGCUCAGGGUCCUGCUGAGGGCGCUGAAGGACAGGACAGAGGCCAGAGAGCAGGCUGAGGUGGAGAGAAAAGAAUCGGAGCAGAAAAGAAACCAUCUGGCUUCCUGAGUGCACGUCUGCAGAGGAUCCUGGGAAUGAAAGAGGAAAGCAGGAAAGAUACUGCACCAGUAAAUGAAGGAAAGGCUAAAAGAAGGAAGAAAAGAAAAGCUGUGAUUAGACUUGAGGAAUCAAGAGAUAGGAGGAAAAUAACAAUGAAAUGCAGUGAUGUAAAAAGAGAAACGGAGGAUGCAUUGACUGAAAGUUGUGAAUCAAUAAGGAUUCUUCAAUAGGAAACACUCAAGAGGACAAGCGAAUAAGGGAUGAAUUGAGAGACGGAAUACUAAAAAGUGCUUUAAGUUUUCCCACUCAUGGAAAGACACUAAUUUAGGAAUUCAGUGCAAACUGUCCCAACAGUUCUAACCUUUUAGUUCUGAUGCUGCACUUUCAGAGAUUUAUUGUCAGUUAAAGGGCGAUGAAAUCACUUGAGGAAACCUUUUAAGACCUCAGAGCCAAAUUAAGAUUCCCUUUAUUACCUCUCCCUUUAUUAUGCAGGAGGUACAACACAGUAGUGUUAUACUCACUACUCUGUUAGUUCUAGUUGUUUUCAUACUAAAAACCAGCCCAUUCAAGAAAGACUGUUGGGUAAACUUGGUAAACUUGGUAAACAUGAUUCACUCGUGGUAACUGAAAAUUCAGGGAAAGUGUGUGUUCUGACGAAAAUAUAGUGAAACAUUACAUUUUCAAGUUGAAGAAAAUGUAGAACAAGAGAAUCGGAUGAAUUAAAGGGUUUGGAUAUCUACUAUGCACACAGCUGCAUCCCAAGAGUCAAACACUUCAUGUUUUGUUUUCCGUUUGUUUUACAGGUUUGGUCUUUUUUGGCUAAUUUCCUAGAAAGAUUUUACAGAAAAUGAGUUGGUAUUUGGCAGAUUGUGGGCUAUUGUAGAUUCAUAUGGCAAUCAUGAGAAUGAGACCUUGAUCCAACAAAACUCUUUUUAAUGUGACAGAUAAUUUCCUUUAUGAGCAUACAGGCUUUUUUUUUUUUUUUUUUUUUUUUUUUUUUUUUUUGUAAUUUAACC